AUGCUUUUCGCUUAUCUAAUAUUACUUUAAUUAUCGAGUAACAAUCAAGCUAAUUGUUUAUUUGAUUUCACUUUCACAGAUACUUUAUACUAUUGUGGUUAUGAUCAGUGCCUUACAUUUUGAACUGGUUGUUCAAACUCCAGGUCUCCUUAUAAUCACAAUACUUAUGAUUAUUAUGUCCGGAUUUUGUGUUGUCUCAUCAGUAUUGUUAAUCAUAGGUUUAUGUGUGGAAAGUAAAACGUUGUUAACGCCUUGGUUAAUUGCGAUUACUUUUGUGACCUUAUUGGAUUUUAUUUACACGAUUUUAUCAUUAUUUGAUAAAGAAAAUGAUUUUGAUUCGUUAUUUGUAUUUUUCUUCAUACUCUCAAUUGCUACGUGCCUUCUUAAUGUAAGUAAUCAUAAAACUAAUUAA